UUCCACCCCCCACCUCUCUCUCCCCCCUCCUCGCUUUCUCUCUCCUCCUCACUCUCUCUUCCUCCGCCACACGCCGCCGCCGUCGCCGGGGCACGAAGGGGGGGUAGCGGGAAGAUGAUGAUGACGCGGGCCCCGAUGGGGCCGAUGGAGGGCGCGGCGGUGGACGAGGUGGUGCGCCGGCUCGUGGAGGGCGGCCGCGGCGGGCGCCAGGUGCAGCUGUCGGAGGCGGAGAUCCGGCAGCUCUGCGUCGAGGGCAAGCGGGUGCUCCUCUCCCAGCCCAACUUGCUCCGAAUCCACGCCCCCGUCAAGAUCUGCGGCGAUAUUCAUGGACAGUUUGUUGACCUUCUGAGACUGUUUGAUUUGGGUGGUUAUCCUCCAGCUUCAACUUAUGUAUUCCUAGGAGAUUAUGUUGAUAGAGGCAAACAGAGCUUGGAAACUAUAUGCUUGCUGCUGGCAUACAAAAUCAGGUACCCUGAAAAGAUUUUCCUGUUGCGAGGGAACCAUGAAGAUGCGAAAAUCAACAGAGUAUAUGGUUUCUACGAUGAGUGCAAAAGGAGGUUCAAUGUCCGGCUGUGGAAGAUAUUCUCGGAUUGCUUCAACUGCCUGCCUAUUGCAGCAGUCAUUGAUGACAAGAUACUGUGCAUGCAUGGUGGUCUCUCACCUGAAUUGAAUAGUUUGGACCAGAUAAAGGAUAUUGAGAGGCCUGCUGAGAUUCCUGAUUAUGGUCUCCUCUGUGAUUUGCUUUGGUCUGAUCCUAGCCCAGAUGGAGAAGGAUGGGGGGAGAGUGACAGAGGUGUUUCAUGUACGUUUGGUGCAGAUAAGCUUGUAGAGUUUUUGGAGAAGAAUGAUCUCGAUCUUAUUUGCCGAGCUCAUCAGGUGGUUGAAGAUGGCUAUGAGUUCUUCGCACAACGGCGAUUAGUGACAAUCUUCUCUGCUCCGAAUUAUUGUGGAGAAUUUGAUAAUGUGGGUGCUCUAUUGAGCAUAGAUGAGAGCCUAAUGUGUUCAUUUCAGAUCCUGAAGCCAACUGAUAUGGGUCCACCACAUGCUAGAAAACAAAUUCCAAAUAAGCCAGCCAGAGGGUGAAGCAUUUUAUCAGCAGUACUUUCGGUCCCAUCAUCGUCAGUCAGCUCAAAGGGGGUGAUCUAUUGUUUGGAUAGUUGGAUCCACCAGGGCAUGGCAUUAGACAUCCAUCAGCCAAUCCCCUUGAACCAUCCUUUAUCUGUGUCUUGAGUGGCAGCUUGGCUGUAUUGGAUAUUAUGUACAGCAUUAGGUUGGAUUCAUCACCAUACGUUCUUGUUCUUGUGUCCUGCCAGCACAGAACCUCAUUGGCAGCAUGACAUCCAGUAGAUGUUGGUAGUCUUUAUUUUUCUUAGCUAUGUCAUGCAUUUUUUUUGCGCCCUUUGUGACUUGAUGUAUGGUAAUAUUAUCUUUGCAAUAUGUAGUUGUUGGAGGGAAAAAGUAUGCACAAUCGUUGUUUCCAUCUACAGAAUCAUUCUUUGUA